AUUGAGAAGGAGAGAGAUGAGCUCUACGAAAAGUUUGUCAGCGCAGUGCAGGAAGUGCAGCAGAAAUGUGGCCUGAAGAACACCCUGUUGGAACGUCGACUGGCUUUUCUUGGAGAGAAACUCGAAAAGAAGGAGCUACAAUUCAACGAGGUCAUGUCCACCGGCAACGUUGAUCCAGUUGCUGUUGCCGAAACGACGCGGAAACUGGAGGAAACUCUGGACUCGAAGAACGUGGCAAUUAAAGAUCUGCAAUACGAACUGGCUAGAGUGUGCAAGGCCCACAACGACCUGCUGGAGGCUAUUCGUGUGAAGAUGGCCAACGUUGGAGUCCCCUUCGAUGAACUGGGCUUUCGGGCAGUCGACUGUGUGCUGCCAAAUCAUGUCUUGGGAAAGGGUCCAGCUGGUCUAGUAUCUAUUCCUCCUUGA